GCCGUUGCCCAGGCAACCGGGGUCCCGGCUUCCCCUGGAGCGCGCCCUGCCCGCCGGGACCCGCUCCUCCGCCCGGGUUGAGGAAAAAAUUCACAUGGAUUUUUAUGCACUCUUCUGCAAGAAUAAGCAUAGAAAGAAAGAAACUGCUCUGAAACCAAGUGGUUCCUCCCAGCGGGGCAGAAAUCUGAAGGACUUUUCGUUUCCAGAGUACAGCAAUUAGCUGAGUGAAGAUGUGGAACAAGUAUCUGAAAACCCGACAGAUGAGAGAGAAGGAGAGAUGGAAGUUGAUGAAGAUACCAGCUCUGCUAUUUUACCAGAUAGCGAACUGGGUACCGGUGCCCCUUCCUUGCGUUUCAGCAAGACCUGCCUAAAGAAUGUGUUCUCAGUAAUUCUCCUGUUCAUUUAUCUGCUACUUAUGGCUGUAGCUGUGUUCCUUGUCUACCAAACCAUCAGUGACUUCAGAGAGAAGCUCAAGCACCCUGUGAUGUCUGUCUCUUACAAGGAAGUGUCCUUGUAUGAUGCACCUGGUAUUGCCUUUUACCCAGGAAAGGCUCGGCUGCUCAGCUGCAAGCAUCAUUACUAUGAUCACAUUCUCCCUCUGAUAAAUCCAGGUCAGCCGGGAGACAUUGAGUGCACCACACAGAGUAUCAACUACACAGAUCCUUUUACUAAUCAAACUAUGAAGUAUGCUCUGGUUGUUCAAGGCCCUCGUGACGUGAAGAAGAAGGAGCUGGUGUUUUUACAGUUUCACUUAAAUGGAACAGACCAAGAUUUUAGUGCCAUUGACUACCUUCUGUUUUCUUCUUUCCAAGAGUUCGUCAACAGUCCAGAAAAAGCAGAAUUCAUGAAGGACUGUGAAAGUUCAUACUCCAGCUGGAAGUUUUCUGGAGGCUUUCGAACUUGGGUCAAGAUGUCCUUGGUGAAAACAAAGGAAGAGGAUGGCAGAGAGACUGUGGAAUUCAAACAAGAGACUAGUGUGGUUAACUACAUUGACAGGAGGACUAAGCUGAGAAGUGACCAGCUGUUUUUUGUGGUGUUUGAAUGGAAAGACCCUUUUAUACAGACUGUUCAAGAUAUAAUCACAGCAAAUCCUUGGAACACGAUCGCCCUUCUCUGCGGUAUCUUUUUGGCUCUGUUUAAGGCUGCAGACUUUGCUAAGCUAAGUGUUAAGUGGAUGAUCAAAAUCCGAAAGAGACAUCUGAAGAGAAGAAGUCAAGUAAUGAACCAUAUAAGCUGAGACUAAAACUGCCCUGUAAGUAUCUGCAACAGAAGGGACAGAGCACAAUUGGAAUAAGCUUCCACUGGCAAUACAGCAAACAGGUAUGUUUUCUUCAGGAAAAACACUGCUGGAGGAACAGCCUCAUGAACUGACAUCUGAACUCCUGAGAAGAGCUUAACUCUAGGAAUGCUAGGACAGCUCUAACAAACUCAUGCUUUUCUAGUCCAGAUUUAACAAGUUUACCUCGGUAUGUGGGGGGGGGGAGAUUUCACUAAUGUAGCAGUUAGAUCUUUAAAAACAAACAAACAAAAAUGAACUGUUUUGAAUGCUCAGAACAGGGGGUGUGAAAGUGCUGCCUGAGCUCUGAACCUGCAUCUGCUACCAGAAUGCAGUUAUUUCUGUGACCAUACUUAGUGGAAGGUAGAACCCAAACAACAAAACAGUCCGGCCUCCCCUCUCCAAAGAAUGUUAAAACAAAAUACACUGGAAUUCUACUACAUCAUUUUUCAUUUAAAGUGUAUUGACUUGAAUAUUAAAAAUAAAAAUAAAAUA